AUGGAAAUGGCUAACGUGCUGCACAUGAAUGGGGGCCUGGAAGACACCAGCUACGCCAUGAACUCCUUGCUUCAGCGGAAGGGGAUUUCAAGGACUCUGCCGAUAACAAAAGAAACAGUUGUAAAACUUAUGCGUAGCUCGAGCUUCCCCAAAGGCAGGCUGGUAAUGGCAGAUCUGGGUUGCGCUUCAGGGCCCAACACCCUGCUCCUCGUGUCGGAGGUAAUCAAGGCCGUCCACAAGCUUUCCAGGGAGCUAGGACAGGAAUGCCCCGAGCUUCAGGUCUUCCUGAACGACCUCCCUGGAAACGACUUCAACAAUGUCUUCACCUCCAUUCAAGGAUUCAAGGAAAACAUGAAGAAAGAAAUGGGAGAACCGAAUUCCGAACCACCAUUGAUGAUUUCCAUCGUAGGAGUUCCGGGUUCUUUCUAUGACAGGCUUUUCCUGACCGACAGCCUUCACUUCAUCCACUCUUCCUACAGUCUUCACUGGCGCUCUCGGGUCCCACAAGGCUUGGAGGAGAACAAGGGAAAUAUUUACCUGACCAGUAGUAGCCCUCCAGGUGUGUUGGAGGCUUAUUGCAAACAGUUCCAGACCGACUUUUCUUCCUUCUUGAAGUUUAGGUCUCAGGAAUUGGUGACAGGAGGUCGGAUGGUAUUGACAAUUCCUGCAAGGAGAGGGGAACAACAUUCUGAGAAAGAGUGUUGCUACCUUCUUAUGUCGAUGGCUCUCAACCAAAUGGCAACUGAGGGAUUAAUAGAUCAACAAAAACUGGAUUCCUUCAACCUCCCACUUUACAUGCCAUCCGCCAUGGAAGUGGAAACCGAGGUCCGGAAACAAGGCUCCUUCGCCAUUGAACACCUGGAGUUGUGGGAUAUGGAUUGGAAUGUCUACGAGGGGGAGGCGAAUUUGGCCGGAGACGGUGGCUACAACCUUUCCAAGUGCAUGGAGGCGGUGUUUGAUCCGGUCAUCGCCCAUCACUUUCAUCUGUCGAGGGAAAUCACCGACGAGGUUUUCAAGAGGUACGCUCUCCUUCUCUCCGAUUGGAUGGCCAAGGUGAGUCCUGCUUUCGUCAGCCUGACCGUCUCGCUCACUAAGCGACAUUGAUGACAAAAUUGGAAAGAAUUCUUCGACACAUGCUGAAAAGGGUAUUCGUGUUUUCCUGGAUAUUGCUCAUCUCUGGUUAUCGUACAAGGGAAUGGUACAAGAUUAAUAUGUUUGUAUUAUUUUAUCUUUUUUUAUGAAUAAGGGAG